CCAGUAGGUGGUGCUCUUUGGUAGGCUGUUCCCUGCAGCCCUAAGAAGACUGAGUAUUUUUAGCCCUCUGCCAGCUUCACAUCUGAAGUGGGUGGAAAAAAUGGUGCUUCAACCCCUGUCCAGGAUGGGCUAAAGCAGUGGGAUGCAGUGAUCUAAAUUUGCUGGCCAAUAGCUGUAUCCGUACUGGACCAUGUCGCUCUCUAUUUUUGGGAAGGAGGACUUCCAUGGCCCUCCCAGUCUGCAGUAGCCCACCAGCCUGUUUCAAGAAUUAAUACUGAAAAGUGAACCUGAUGCGGCCACUUCAGAUUAUCCUGAGCAGACUAACUUCCCAGCCGUUCUGUGGCCUGAAGUCUCCAGCCUCUGCACAAACCAAGAUUUGCCUAAUAAUGGCUCGUCCAAGUUCAAAUAUGGCAGAUUUUCGGAAGGUCUUUGCAAAAGCAAAGCACAUUGUUGUCAUUACGGGGGCUGGCGUCAGUGCUGAAAGUGGGGUUCCAACUUUCAGAGGAGCCGGAGGAUACUGGAGGAAAUGGCAAGCUCAGGACCUGGCUACGCCACAGGCCUUUGCCCGAGACCCAUCCCGUGUGUGGGAGUUCUACCACUACCGGCGGGAGGUCAUGCAGAGCAAGGACCCCAACCCCGGGCACCUCGCCAUUGCCCAGUGCGAGGCCCGGCUGCGUGAGCAGGGCCGGAGGGUUGUGGUUGUCACCCAGAACAUCGACGAGCUGCACCGCAAGGCUGGCACCAAGAACCUUCUGGAAAUCCACGGUAGCUUAUUUAAAACUCGGUGCACCUCUUGUGGAAAUGUGGCUGAGAAUUACAGGAGUCCAAUUUGUCCAGCUUUAUCAGGAAAAGGUGCUCCAGAACCCGAAACCCAAGAUGCUAGAAUCCCAGUUGAAAAACUUCCCCGGUGUGAAGAGGCUGGGUGCGGGGCCCUGCUGCGGCCACACGUCGUGUGGUUUGGAGAAAACCUGGAUCCUGCCGUCCUGGAGGAGGUUGACAGAGAGCUCACCCUCUGUGACUUAUGUCUGGUGGUGGGAACCUCCUCUGUGGUUUAUCCUGCCGCCAUGUUUGCCCCCCAGGUAUCUGCCAGGGGGGUGCCAGUGGCCGAAUUCAACACGGAAUCCACCCCAGCCACGAACAUCUUCAGGUUUCAUUUCCAGGGACCCUGUGGUACAACUCUCCCGGAAGCCCUAGCAUGCCACGAAACUGAAACUGUUCCUUAACCGUCAUGGGAAAAGAAGAAAUUAUAGUACGUCUAAAUAAUGGGCCACAAACAGGGAAGAAGCAAUCUUGUGGAUGGUAAACCAAAUAUUGAAAGAUCUGAAAAUAUUCUCUUACCCCCCAACCUGUUAAUAAGUGACAGAGGCCGCAAUAGGUUGAAUUAUGUACCCCAGUUUAGACGCAUUUGUAAUCUUAAUCCGUAAUCUGUUGGGUAGGAAACCAUUGUAAAUUGGACCUUUUGAAGAUGUUAUUUUUUAGUUAAGGUGUGGUGAACUGAACCAGGAUCGGUCUUAAUACUGGAGGUUUUAUAAGGAGAAGGCCAAGGAAGAAGCUGGCAUUCAGCUGGAACUCAGAAGAGAAGAGGACGUUGCCAUGUGAUGGGAAAGCCAAGGAACUCCAAGGAUUGCCCCCCAGCCAUCACGGGAAUGCUGCAGUCUUUGGGGAGAAAGCGUGGCCUGACACCUUGAUUUUGGGACUUCUAGCUUCUGAACCCGUGAGCCAGUAAUUCCUAUUAAGACGACCCAUUGUGUGGUAUUUGUGAUAGCAGGUCUGACAAACUUCAAACAGGGCCUUAGAAGUAACAAUAGCCAAAAUGUUUAGAAGGAGAAAUCAGAGGACUAGAAAGGUAGUGCAUGUUACCUGAUUUGAACUGAAACAGAAUUCUGACGUGUUUGGUUGGUUAUCAGGAGGGAAGAAAGUAUGUAAUUAGGUUGUAUAAAAAUGUCACUUAUCCCAAUUUUAUUUUUGCUAAUUGUUGUGUACUGUUUGGGCAAAGAUAGAAAUAGAGGAGGAAAAUCCUGGUAUUCUUUAAUUCUGAUUUUUGCACAAGUUUUGGUGGAAAGUCACUCUCUAUAGCUGGUAAUUGAUUGCAUAAAGAUGUUACCCCAGAGAGAUGUCCUUUUCGGGGUUUUUUUCUUUUCAGUGUUUUUCUCGUGAGGCUGCCUUACCUCAACAGAUGUAGGAUAGCUUUGGAUAAGAAUGCGUGCAAGGAAGGAAAUGGAGAAACAAGAUAGAAAAUCGAGAUGAAACAAAAAGGAGGAUGCAGAUAUUCUUGGUUCAAGCCAAAGAAUGAACACAGCUGUCCAGUGUUUAGCUCUGGGAUUCUUAGCCAGAGAGGAAAGGGAGAGGUGAUGGGCUCUUUCUCAAUAUUAUAAAUGCAGAAGCAUAGAAGCCCUGUGGGAUCUCCAGGCUUUCCCAGGCACUGAAUUCUGAAGGGACUUUUUCCCCUGGGACUUUACAAAAUGUCACUCUCACUGCCUUGGAGUCUGAGUUCUAAAGAAUCCAGCUUUCUCCUCAAGCCCCACCAAGUAAUGUGGCACCUUCUGUCUGGCAAGCCUCAGAGGUCUGGCCUGGAGGAGUGAUCGCUCCUAAAGAACAAGGCCCCUGUUCCCCUUGGGUGGGUGGGCUUCUGGGGUGAUUAUGCAUCUGGGCCACCUUCCCUCAGCCCCUUGCAAAAUUGCAUUUAGCAUUAUACCCUUGGUCUUCGUAGAAAUAGAUGAUGAGGAACUGUCACAUGAAACUUUGUACUGCAUUUACAAGUCAUAACUUUUAAUAAACCCCAAAGGUCCAUUAUGUGGGGAAGUGGGAUGCUCAUAACCCAUGAGGAGGUUGCAAGGGCCAGCCAGGUUCAGUUCACCCUAUAUCCUCCUGACUGUAUCCUCCUGGGUAUGUCAAGGAUGUACAGUUAAGGAACUUAUAAUAAAUACUCGUGAUAAUG